UUCAAAGUUGGGAAUUUGAACCAUACUCUUUGUUCUACCUUCAAUAAUCUUGCACGUGUAUUUUCCCAAUUUCUCUUUCUCCCCCUUUCCUUAGAACCGCCCUCUUUUUCCUUCCUUCAUUCAAUCCCGCUCUAUUAUUGUUUUCUUUGAUUGAAUUUGAUAUUUGGAACAGAAAAACAAAACACAGCAUUCAAACUACUUGGAAUUCAUCCCCAUUCUUUUUUAUUUUAUAAGCCUGUUCCUUUGGAGUUUUGACUCUAUUUUUCCUUCUUUUUUGACCUCCCCUACCCCAAAGAAAAGUCUACCUCUUUUAUUUCUCUCACUAAUUCCAGUCAAUUUUUUGCGUCCUUUCCUUAAUUGAUUCUUGGGUAUAUUAUUUGUACCCCUUUUUUUUUAAAAAAAAGCAGGAAUAAAGAAAAAAAAAGGCUACUUAUUUAUUUCUGUUGUUUGUUUCCGGUUUAAUAAAAAAACAGAUCUUCCCUUCGAAGCUCCAUGAUUGCAGAGAACAGUGCCGAGAUACAACAACAUUCACAGAAAAAUAAGUGAUUUUCGGAUUAAAGGUAAAUCGUAAACGUCAUCGUUUUGGUGUUUGUUGUUAUGCCUGGCGCAGCAGGGCAGGGCGUGGAACAUGUAGGCUUGCCUAAAAUGGAAGCGAAAUCCGAAGCCGGAUGUAGCAACCCCGUCAAAAAGAAGGGACCCGUCUCAAUGGAUCACGUUCUCUUGGCAUUACGCGAGACGAAGGAGGAAAGGGAUUUAAGGAUUCGGAGUUUGUUCAACUUUUUCGAUGCAGCCAAUGUGGGAUUCUUGGAUUACGGUCAGAUCGAAAAGGGUCUCUCGGCUUUGCAGAUUCCGGCCGAGUAUAAGUACGCCAACGAUCUGUUGAAAGUCUGCGAUGCAAACAGAGAUGGGCGCGUGGAUUAUCAAGAGUUUAAAAGGUAUAUGGAUGACAAAGAGCUUGAACUUUAUAGGAUUUUCCAAGCUAUUGAUGUGGAGCACAAUGGGUGCAUUUUGCCUGAGGAGCUUUGGGAUGCGCUUGUUAAGGCUGGGAUUUGUAUCGAUGAUGAGGAACUUGCACGAUUUGUAGAGCAUGUUGAUAAGGACAACAAUGGAAUUAUAACAUUUGAAGAAUGGAGAGAUUUCCUUCUACUCUAUCCUCAUGAAGCUACUAUGGAGAACAUCUAUCAUCAUUGGGAAAAGGUUUGCCUUGUAGAUAUCGGAGAAACAGCUGUUAUUCCCCAGGGCAUCAGUACACAUGUUAAGAGAAGCAAGUAUUUUAUUGCAGGAGGAAUAGCCGGAGCAGCUUCUCGCACUGCAACUGCUCCUCUUGAUCGCCUGAAGGUUGUUUUACAAGUGCAAACUACAAAUGCUGAUAUUCUGCCAGCUGUAAGAAAAAUAUUGAAGGAAGAUGGUAUUUUGGGGUUUUUCCGUGGUAAUGGGUUAAAUGUUGUGAAAGUAGCUCCUGAAAGUGCUAUAAAGUUCUAUGCCUAUGAAAUGUUAAAGACUGUAAUAGGAGACAGUAGAGGGGAUAAGAAGGGUGAUAUAGGUGCUAGUGGGAGACUUUUUGCUGGUGGAGUAGCCGGUGCUGUGGCACAAUGUGCUAUCUACCCAAUGGAUCUCGUAAAAACUCGAUUACAGACUUGUGCUUCGGAAGGUGGAAAGCCUCCCAAGCUGGGGAAAUUAACUAAGGAUAUAUGGGUUCAAGAGGGUCCUCGAGCAUUUUAUAAAGGUCUUGUGCCAUCUCUUCUUGGGAUUAUCCCAUAUGCUGGCAUCGACCUUACCGUCUAUGAGACCUUGAAAGAUUUUUCGAGGUCAUAUAUUCUUCAAGAUAGUGAACCCGGUCCUCUUGUGCAAUUAGGCUGUGGAACAAUUUCUGGAGCUUUAGGAGCAACCUGUGUUUAUCCUUUGCAGGUUAUUCGAACGAGAAUGCAAGCUCAACGCACUACCUCAGGUGUUGCGUAUAAUGGAAUGUCUGACGUAUUUUGGAAAACCUUUCGGAAUGAAGGUUAUAGAGGUUUUUACAAAGGACUAUUUCCUAAUCUUCUCAAAGUUGUCCCAGCUGCAAGCAUUACAUAUUUGGUUUAUGAGGCUAUGAAAAAGAGUCUAGAACUUGACUAGAGUCCACAGGAGUUCUGCAGUCGGGCCUAGCUGCCUUAUAUUUAUCGCAGAACCGAAGUUAGAGUUGACGAAUACAAUGAUAAUAAGAUGAUUAAAUGAGUAAGAUGAUUAUUUUGAGUUAGGUGAUAAUUCCCCUUCAGAGAAUGAGGUACAUAGUUUUGUAGUAAAAUUUUUUUAGACCAGGCUUAUCGAAACGAAACGUUGAGAAUCGGGUUUAUAUGACAUAAUUAUGUCGGUCUUCGAAAUCAAUAGGUAUGAUACUGUUCAAUUUUUUCUUCUUUUGCCCCUCUUGUUCAUAUCGUGUUCGAGUCGGAUGCAGGAGAUGAAGGGGAUCUCUCAUCUCAUAGAAAUUGAUUUAUUGAAGUUAUAGGUUAUGAAAUGGAUUGAUCUGUAUUUGAUAUGCAUUCUAUUUGUUAAGAACAUAGUCAUAGCUUUUUCUUAA